AUGGCCAUGGAGGCCGAAGGCUUAUCGCCAGCGCUCUUAAACUUCCGCGUGUCGCUCGUGGAAACCCUCGAGGCGUAUCUCGGCAAGGAGACGAUGCAGCCGUUUGUGAGUGCGGACGACCAUGCCAGACCGGCCAAGAUUCGCCGAACCAAGGGUCUAGCACCGGUGGGAGGCUUCGGCUCCGCCGCGCGUGGCACUCUUCCUCAGAGCGACCAAUUCCCGUUGGAGUUCAACCACCUGCUCUCCACUGCCACCUUCGCCGCUGCAAGGCAGAGGAGGAAGGGGAUGGCCGGCUCUGGAGGGGCCUGGCGGGCGAGAACAGCUGCGGUAGGAGCGGGGAAAGCAGCGCAAGAAUGGCUGGUGGUGUGUGUACGGGCGUUGGAGCUGCUAGUAGAUGACUCCACGUGCCACGUGCCUGUGUGCACGCUGAUACAAGGCCUGGACCCCUACCAGCUGCAUCUGCUUGUGUCAUGUUCUCCGCCGCACCCUGCUCGCAUGCUGGCAUGUGUGGUAGCGGCGCGCAGGGAAGCAGUGGUGGGGUAUCUGCGCUUCCUCGAUGACCCGCUGCUCUGCCCUUCCUUUACUUCCACGGCUCGCCCCCCUGUGUUCACCUUCCGGUCGUUUCUCGGCGAGCAGGUGUACGGGCAGGAGGCAGCGGAGCAGGUGGUGCCCCGAUCCAGUGACUGGGCGCGUGCAGUGCGCUGCUUACGCCAGGCCCUGCGCAGCAACCCCAACUCCGACUGGUGGCGCCGCGUGCUCCUGCUCGCGCCCUGCUUCCGCCCCCUCCACUACCCCAACCCUGCCUCCGCAGCCGCAGCCGCUGUCGCCGCCAAAGGAGGAGCAGCCGCAGCCGCAGCUGCUGCUGCAGCAGCAGGGGCGGCAGCAGCGGCUGCUGCUGCUGGGCCUGGCGGAGGGGGAGCAGGUGGGGCGGCAGGAGGAGCAGGGGCAGCGGGGGGGGGUCUUGCGGCGGGCGGAAGCAUGGGAGGGGCAGCAGCAGUGUCAGGCCCCCAGGGAAGCAGUAUGGGCGGUGUAGGGGCAGCAGCAGCAGCAGUCACUCCUGGCGCAGCCGGCCCCUCUCCCACAGCAGCAGCAGCAGCGGCGGCUGCAGCAGCUGCAGCGGCAGCAUCAGCAGCAGCAGCGAGUCUGCCGGUAGUGGGAGGGGGGCAGCUGCCGUUUCUGAGCUCCACGCUGUCGCACGCCAUGCCGCAGUUCUCCUCUGGCAUGCUGUGCGAGGCCCUUAUAGACCACAUCUCCGACCUCCUCACUCUCUCUGCUGCCGCCUCCGCUGCAGCUGCUGCCGCUGCUAACGCCCCUGGGGAGGUGGGGUGGGUGGACAGCGCAGGCGUGCCAGUGGACAGUGAGGCGCCGGCAGCAGGGCUGUGGCAGCAGUGGCUUGUGCUGGCAGACAUAUUCUACUUUGUCGUGCGCAACGGCUUUGUUGACUUUGUUGACUUUGUCAACCGCUGCUCCGCGCGCUUCCCGCCGUCGUCGCCGCCGCCCACAAACCACGUGACGUGGCUGAUCGCACAGGUGUUCCGACUGGACAAUGUGGCAUCCGUGCUCAGUGCCGACCCCAACAUGCUGGCGACAGUGCGCAAGAUAGUGGCCCUGCAAGUGACGGAGCGGUCGGGGCAGAGGGGGUCGGGGGCGGGCGUGCUUCUAGAGUACAUCGGCAGUGUGCAGAUCCUGCGGCUGUGGAACCUGCAGAAGAGCAUCAAAGACAGCCUGGAUGAGGCGCGCCUGGCGGACUACAAGCAGCAGGGCAAGGUUCUUGAUGAGUUCUGGCGCAAGAUCAACAAGGAUGAGUUGAAGUUGCAGUACGAUCAGCUGGACGAUCACAGCACGGGCAUGGUAUGGGUGCUCAGCCACACCAUGAGCCAUCCCGUCACAGAGGCGCUCUUCAAAUGGCUCACUGCCCCGGGUGUGAAGGACCUGGGGGGGGGCGUGCGCAUGUGGAAUGAGGCGAAGCUGCUGCCCACGAGUCUGCUGCAGGGGCUGUCGCUGCAGGUGGCUCAGCGCCUCGCUGCCACCCUGCAGGAACUCAUUGCCAAGGCGCAUGAGGUGGGAUGGGGUGCGGUGCGCAUUGCGAUGGUGGAGACAUUCGCACGGCUGCUGCUGGUGGCGCCACACACGCUCAACCAGACGCAGACCAUCCACCCGCCACACACCUUCGUGCAGACCAACACCCGCCAGCACAUUCUCCAGGCGUCCUUGGAGAAGUACGUGCCCGGCGAGUCCAACAACUCCGUGCCGCUGCUGCUGCUUGAGCUCAUCAACUACCGCCUCAUCCCCUUCUUCCGGUACCACGGCAAGAUGCGGGGGCUGAUACUGGACCUGGCGAAGAUCCUGAUAAAGGUGAAGGUGGUGCCAGGGCAGCACCGACUCUACCGCCUGGCGGAGAACACCGCCAUCAACCUCAUCAUGUCGCUCAAGGAGGUCAUGCUCGUCAAAAAGGACUCCAAGAACGCCGCGACAGAGUUCUCAGAAACCCUCAACCGGGUGAUGGUGCUGAAUCUAGCCAUCACAAUGAAGACGCGCGGCAUCCAUGAGUUUGAGCAGAUCGUGGUGCUCAUGCCCGCGCUGGACCAGAUGCUAGCGGCCUCCACGCACCGCUGGAGCGAGAAGACUCUGCGCUACUUCCCCCCACUGCUCAGAGACACGCUCUCAAAGAGGCCUGACUGCCGCGCCCAGCUGCUGCAGGAGUGGAUGCAGGUGGAGCAGCUGCUGCGGCAGAGGCAGCUGCUGCCAGUGCAGGCGGGGCGAGUGGCGGACCCCAUGGCGGCGCUGAACCUGCUGGCGCAGCUGCCCCCGCACCUGCGCCACCUGCUCUGCGCCGCUGCCUGGAUCCUGCACGAUGCCUCCCCUGGCUCCGUCAACCUGCAGCACCUGCCUCUGAUCAAUGCAUGCCCUACCCCUUCAUACCUCUCUUCAUCAUACCCUCUCCCUUUCCUUCCCCCCUCUUUCCACAAUCCCUCGCUCUCCACCCUCUCCCCCCAUUCCUCCAACUCCUCCCCCUCCGUUCCCCCUCUCUCCCCGCGUACCCCACACACCCCCCACCACCAGGUGCAAGUGAAGCAACGCACGCAGCUGAAGCAGAUCCUCUUAGCAGCGUCCGCAGCACUAGCCGACUGGAUUUUCGUGAAAGAGCUCCUUCCAGCCGACAUAGUCCUUCUCGCCCUAGCAGACCGCGACGACGGGUCCCCGAACAGCCUGCGCCUGGUGGUGGGUCUGCUCAUGGACCGCCCUGAGCUGCAGAAGCGAGUAGCGGCGUACUGUGAGGCGCGCGGGCAGCAGGAGCACUGGACCGAGGUCGGGCCGUUUCAAUCAGUCAACCCACUGGAUGCACUCGGGAGCAACCUCAUGGGGAACGAUAAGCAGCCAGUGUUCUUUGACCACAUGGUGCUGCGGGUGGUGCCGGUUGUGGCGCUCAUAGUGCACCGCCUCAUCGAGAACGAUGCCAUGGAGACGGCCGACCGGCUGCUCGCGCUCUACAGCCAGUCGCCCAAGCACCUGCUCACGUACCACCCGUCGCGCUUUGCGUUUGUGCGCGACACGCUCGCGUACUUCUACCCCGCGCUGCCCAACCAGCUCGUCAUUCGCCUGCUCAGCAUCCUCGACCUCACCAGGAUCCCCUUCGCAGAGGCCUUUCUGAGGCAGAUGGAUCCAUCACUCUCCUCCGCCGUCGAGCUCCCCCCCCUCUCCUACUUCCUCCGCCUCCUCGAAACCCUCUUGGACAUGCUUCUCAUGGACCCCUCAUGGGCUAUUGGCAACGCCACCUGCACUGAGCUAAGCAUCUGGAUGGCAGCAGUGCAUGCGAUGAUGUACGCGCUGCCAUUCGAUCGCAUAGAGGGCACCCAUGCACUGCUCGUGCUGCAGCGCCCCAUCCGCUCCCCAGCCCACCUGCGCCUGGUCUUCCGCCUCGUCGCCCCCAUCCUGCCCCGCACACCCAUCUCCAAGUCCCUCUUCGCCAAGACAAUAGCGCUGCUAUUUUCAGCGAUAGCAGACGUGUUUGGAGUGAACUCAUCCCCGCAAGUGACAGGCCCAGCCUCGUCCAUCACCGAUAUCAUCGACUUCAUGCACCACGUGCUGCUGCUGGAAGGCGGCAUGCCCACGCUGGCGAACCGGCGGCCCAAGCCAGAGACACUGCAGCUGUGCUCCAAGGCUGUGGAGCGCCUGCGAGAGGACCGAGGGAGCGCGGGUGCAUGGCGACACCGGAGGCUGGGGGGAGGGCUUGCGCUUCUCGUUCCGUCACGUGACCUGUUCCCGGAUUGCGCCGCCGAGCGCACGAAAGCCCUGUCACAGAUUUUCGCCAAUCCUGCUCGCCAGAUUCGUCCUCCACCGCCCACUUCUGACAACAGGGGGGAUGCUGCCCAUAAGACGAAAGGGCCCACAGGAUAG